AUGACUGACUACAACCACCUUCCUCAAGAUCUUCAACUUUGGCGAAGACAAGCCGAUACUUCUACGUCGACCUUGAUAUUGACACUUACAUUAACAGCACUAGUAACACAAUCUGAUUUGAGGACUCAGACAAUCAUCUUUACUUCUGUGAUCACAGAGAUUGAAACCAUCACCAAUAAUAAUCAAAUCAAGACCUCAACAGCUGUUCAAGCAAUACCAACCUUGGCAGAUUCCGAUGCGACCAACUCCCGAGCAACUAGCCUCACAAGCGAGAUUCUUUCUCCAACCGCAUCUUCCAGUCCAGCGCGCUUGCCCGUGAGCUCAGCAUCAAGUGUGAUCCAGAGGACGCAAAGUGCGACUGCGACUUUUGCUGGGAUCCCUACGCCGACUAACAUCCCGGCCACUUCGACCUCAUUGCCCAUUGACAGUAUUUCGAGUCAAACUUUGAGUUCUAAUUUCAAUACCAUCGCACCAUCACUUCAAAGCUCACCACCAAUAACAAAAUCAACUUCAAACAAUAAUCAAAAUAAAAUAGCCAUUCCAGCCAUAGUGAUUUCAGUCACCUUAGCCAUAGCAUUCAUGAUAAUUUGUAUUUCUUACUUUGUUCCAAGAUUUCGAAACCAACAAAAAACCAAACAAUCUGCUCAAAUGUUUGAUGAAUAUAGUAAAUUAGCUAAAACGUUUAAUUCAAGUCCAAGUCAUACUACAUUAGAUUAUAGUCAAGCUUAUAUUCCUAAAAACUCGAUUCAAAGAAAUAAAGGUAAAUCAAGAAUGAUUGAAAAUUUAGAUCAACCCUCUUUUGGUGUUGGUGAUGGCGGAUUCAAGCAUGUAGAACCUGUUGAGGGUCAUGGUACUUGGUCACCUCAGAGUCCAGAUGGAACCGAGCCAUCAGGACCGAUUGUGUAAGUUUUUCUUAUAAAUCACUUUUUUCCGAUUUUGAUGCUACUUAAUUGAUGCGUUGAUUCUCUGAAUUAUUUGAUCAUAUGAUCACUAGAUUAUGAUGUUACGCCUUUGAAAUCAUCAAAUUACAAGACAUAUCAGCAGAAGGUUGUAAGAUUUUGUCAAAAUCAAUUAGAUUUAUCAACUAAUGUUCGGAAAUGCUUAAAUCCCGUUCUUGAUGUUUCUCUAGAUCUUGUGAAAUUAGCCUAUGGCAGAUAUUUUUAUUUGAAUCAAACUUUAGUCCCGAAUGACCAUGACUUGUUUUUGCAUCAAUUUAUAGACCACUAAAUCUUUUCGUUUUGCUGUUUCUCGACAUUUAGAUUUCUUUCAAAACUUUGUUGAACUUUCAAGAGUUUCAUUUCACUAUUAAAAUCUUGGGUGUAUGCUCUAGUGCUUCAAUUUAAAUGAUCCGGUGC